AGGCGGCUGUUGUACUUAUUGCCAAUUACUGAAGAAAUGGCUCAAGCGAUGGCAGAUAACCAGGACAUUUUCAUGUGUCCUAUUUGUUUGGACCUUCUCAAAGAUCCGGUGACUCUUAGCUGUGGACAUAAUUACUGUUUGCGCUGUAUUGAUGACUUCUGGGAUGAGGAAGAUGUGAAGGGCGUCUACAGCUGUCCCCAAUGUCGAAAGGCUUUCGAGAAAAGACCUGUUUUAAACAAGAACCUUAUUCUUGCUGAGCUUAUGGAACAAUUGAGAAAGACUGUAGUGCCAAGCGCACCUCCUUUGGAAUGUCCAGCAGCUGGGCCUGGAGAUGUCGCGUGCGAUGUCUGCUCUGGAAGGAAAUAUCAAGCUGUCAAGUCUUGCCUGGAGUGUCUGAUGUCGUACUGUGACACUCAUUUACAAGCGCACAACGAACUUGUUGGUAGAAACCACAACAUUAUCGAAGCCACGGAACAUCUGAAGGAGAUGAUUUGCCCCACCCAUAAGAAAAUCAUUGAAAUAUUCUGUCGCACUGACGGGAGUUGCAUCUGUUAUCUCUGUGGGGUGGACGCACACAAAGACCACGACACGGUCACGGCUAUGACAGAGUGUGAUAAUUUAAAGAAGGAGGUGGGGCAGAGCAGGAAGAAAUGGCAGCAGAGGAUCUGGGAGAAGGAGAGAGAACUGUGGGAGAUCAGGAAAUCUGUGGAGGCUCUCAAGUUUUGUGCACAGGCUGCUGUGGAGGACAGCGUGAAGAUGUUCGAUGAGAUGAUUCAGCCCAUUGAGAGACGGCGCAACGAGGUGAUCGAGCAGAUCAGGGCUGAGGAGGAGCAGAAGAUAGGCCCAGCGCAAAGACACAUGGAGGAACUGGAGAAGGAGCUCGCCACGUUAAAGAAGACUGAAGCUGAGAUAAAGCAGCUUACACAGACACAGAAUGCCAUCCAUUUCAUCAAGAAUUUCGGCCCAUCCCAGGAUCCUCCUGAGUCCAAGGUGCCUAGCAUGAAGCUCAGUGAAAGCCUCUCUUUUCACACCGUGAUGGAUAGUGUCUCCUUGCUGAGGGAUCAUUUGGUGACGAUCUUCAAGAAACCUGCAAUACUUUCAGAAAUGCGGUACCUUAUUGCAGAGCCAGUGACCAGAGAGGACUUCUUACAGUAUACCCGUCACUUCACAAUGGAUCCGAACACAGCAUUCCCACAACUCCACCUGUCUUAUGGCAACAGGAGGGUGGACAGGAAACGCAAGAACCACAAAUAUCCUGACCAUCCAGACCGAUUUGAUGGGUGGGGCCAGGUGCUGUGUAGAGAGGGUGUGACUGGUCGCAGCUACUGGGAGAUUCAGAAGCGUGGGACGGUGUACAUAGCAGUGGCAUAUAAAAGCAUUAGCAGGAAAGGACAUGGUGGGGAGUGUGAGUUUGGAAGCAAUGAGCAGUCCUGGAGUUUUGGAAUAUCCAAAUACGAAUGCUCUUUUACACACAAUAAGGAAAUAACUAAACUUAACAUGGCAAACCGCUCCAAAAUAGGAGUGUAUGUUGAUCACAGGGCCGGAACUCUGGCUUUCUACAGCAUUGGGGAUGAUAAUUCAAUGACUCUUCUGCACAGCAUCCAAACUAAAUUCACAGACACGCUAUAUGCUGGGUUUUGGUUAGAUACUGGUUCAGCAGUGGGGAUUCUGUGAGUUUGGUUAGAUACUGGUUCAGCAGUGGGGAUUCUAUGAGGACUGUAAAUGGCUGCAUUUAUGGGUCAUUCACCGCAUUUACUCCUUUCUUUGGAUUGACAAAUAUACAUUUAUCAUGGCACAAUCCAAAUUUUGCUUAAAGGAGUCUUGUACUUCUGCCUCUCCAACUCCAGAGAUGGUUAUCUCAUUGGACGCAGAACGAGCAUUUGACCACGUCGAAUUUAAGUACUGAUUUUCUGUAUUGCAAGUUUGGGUUUGGAACUAAAUGUAUUUCUUGGAUUCGUCUUCUGUACUCUGCCAUAUCUCUUCCCUUCCCAUUAACACGUGGAACUCGCCAGGCGUGUCCCUUGUCACCAUUAUUAUUUGCAAUAGCCGUAGAACCCCUUUCUAUAGCCUUGAAAACUUCCCCAUAUUUCUCUGGUAUAAUUAGAGGAGGCCUUGAACAUAGAGUGUCAUUUAUUGUUAUAUAUACAUGACCCUUUAAAUUGUAUUGAUAAAAUUGUGUAUUUACUUAAGGUAUUUGGAACUUUUUCAGGAUACAAAUUGAACAUUACCAAGAGUUUUCCUGUCAAUCAGUCUGCUAAAUUAAUCCCUUCAGGUACACUGCGCUCUCAGUUUCCCCCAGUGGCUUUAAAUAUUUAGGUGUUAAUAUCUUCCAUUCACUUAGCUCUCUUCAUAAAAACCAUUUCAUGAGACUCUUUGAGAGUAGGCUAUAAGAACAGACCCUCAGAGAUGGCAUGCCUACCUAUCUCACUUCUUGGCCGGAUUGAGACAAUCAAAAUGAACAAAUUACCCCGUUUCUUAUUUCUGUUUCAGACACUCCCUCUUUUUCUACCCAAAUCUUUUUUUUUAAUCUUUGGAUACCAUUAUAUCCUCUUUUAUUUGGACUGGCAAGAUUCCCAGGAUUCAGAAAAGAAUGUUGGAGAGACCCAAGCUGGUAGGGGGUUUUGCUCUACGAAAUAUGUUGUUAUACUACUGGGCAGCCAACAUUCAAAUACUUAAAAAAUGGUAUCAUCCCCCAGACAUUAACUGGUGUGUAAUUGAAGUUAACUCUUGCAUUACAUCCUCACUUCCUGCCUUAUUUUUUGCUCCUUUCUCUUCAUGCCCUUCUCAACACACUAAUUAAUCAUGUGCUACUUUCUUCCUUAAAAAUAUGGAAGCAGCUUAGGCUUCACUUGGUCUCUAUCUGUUUUCCUUCCAAUCUGCAACAAUAACUUAUUUGUACCUUCCAGUAUAGAUCAGACCUUUAUGCGGUGGAGAAAUGUGGGCUUGGUCUCCUUCAAUGACCUUUAUUCAGGUAACUCUUUUGUUAGCUUUCCGGACCUGGUCAAAAAAUGUGGUAUUUCACAUCCUGGUCUUUUCCGAUAUUUUCAUUUUAAGAAACUUCUGUAAAGCUCAGUUCACUUCCUUCCCAACAUUGCCAGAAAGAACUUUGAUAGUAGACAUUAUGAUCUCCUCAGUUUUUAAUAGUCGCACAUCAAUACAUAAUCUCCUCUCAUCCCAGUUGUCUCCCUUUCUGGGACUUGAAGAUACUUGGGAAAGGGAACUUGGUCUUCCAUUAGACAAAUUCUGGUGGACAGAUGUUUUGGCCAGGAUUAACACCACAUGCAUAUGUGCACAAAUGAGUCUUAUUCAGUUCGAAGUUGUUUUCAGACUUCACUAUACCAGGGCCAGGCUGAAAAAACUGUUCCCUGAUGCAGAUGACCAUCAGGUGUUCUCACUCUCCAGGAGACCAUACACAUACUCUCUUCACCUGUCACAAACUACAUGCUUUCUGCUCAUCUUUCUUCCCCACUCUUUAUCUGAAGGCCUGAAUAUUCAAGUCUCCCCUUGCCCUUUAAUUGUAAUUUUUGGUGUGUCCCUUGUCUUAGGGAAAUUUAACAGUUACCAAGUUGUACCAAGAUGUUAUUGCAUUUGCUGCACUGAUAGCCAAACGCCAAAUACUUCUUCACUGGAAGAGCCCUAAACCACCUGGCUCCUGUUCCUGGUUUAGAGAGCUUUUGUCUUUCCUACAGUUGGAGAAAAUUAAACAUACAGUUAGAGGAUCCUUGAAAACAUUCUUUCCUAUGAUCCACAAAAUAUUAGGCCUAACCAACAAUCCGACAAUGAAGAUUAGUGACACCCCCCCCCUUAAAGAUAUACUUAACAUUUGCUUAACCUGAGGGGUGGGUGUGUCGGGGGUAUGGGUUAAGUUGUUUGAAAAAUGAAAAAGAAAUAUGGUAUGUAAAUGUGAUAUAUCUGGCUGUAUUACUUUGAUGGUUUGCCUAAUAAACAGCCUAUUAUAUCAACAAAAAGGAGUCU